CGAGGCGGCGCUGGACGAAGUUUCGGGCGGACUCUCGUCGGUUCAGAAGGAGGCUACUCUGCUUCUUAUAAAUAUGUAAGUCCAUUUUACCGACGACCGGCUAAGAAAGCGGGCGAGCCCUUUAACGAGAGCGACGAUAGAGACGCGAUACGGACUUUCAGGUGUUGGAGGUGUCUCCUGCUCGAAAAUGGAUUGACCAUUUGAAGGAUUGUUGUCACUUCUGGACCCAGGUCUAACGAGAAAAAACAAAAACACCGCGUCCUAAAGGCUUUGGGGGUGUUGAUAAUAUCACCUGCCCGGUGGUUCGGACUCCCUGUAACUGGCAUCAUCUUCCUUUCAAACAUCUCAGGCCCCAACCAGUAGUUCAAGAUGACAGAGAAGGUCCCAUGGUGGAAGGUGUUCAUGAAGAAAAAGAACACGGAUCCUUACGGCUUGGGCCCAGACUUCAACCCUUUCGCCCAGCAACCAGAGAGGCUGAAAGACCCAUCGUCUUCGUCCAAGACCACCACCACCGACCAGACCGUCCCCGCGCAGGGCUCCAGCCUCCUCAGCGACGAAACCUUCGACGACUCCAAGCUGGAAUCGGUGUUCAACGAGCAGACGUGCCGCAGGAACAUGAAGGUUUCCCGCUCGGGUCGGUUCAAGGAGAAGAGGAGGCCGCGCUCGACCCUUCCCAUCGAUGAAGCCACACCGCCACGGAGGGAAGACAAACGGUGACCCUGGGGAGAGGGGUGUGUGCGCAUGUGUGUGUAAAAAGACUGCUUCACAGUAUCGCUUCAAAGAAGGAACGGGAUUUAAAUAGCUGAAAGAACUUUAUUCUCAUGAGGCAUUGUACUGUACGGAGCGCUGGGGAUGAUGUUCAUGUGGGUUUUACAACAGUAACUCAGAAUUCUGAAUACGAGUAAUAUUUUUAAGAUUUAAGACAUCUUGUAGGGUUAUGUUACGAAUGUCUUGUGUUGUUUUUUUUUUUUCUUAUCAAGGUCAUUGAACCAUUUUGCACAUGAAAUGUCACAAACGCAACUCAAGGGACAAGCAUCAGAAGCAAUGGGCUGGUAUCGGAUUCUCUCUCUCUAUGAAAAUAUUGAGUAUAGGUAUCAUGAAAUGUAUAGCAUCGCAUUGUGGACUGGCGACUUGUCCAGUGAUUAGUACCGUCCCACAGUGUUUUCCCAACUGUAGUUUAAACCAGGGAUAUCUUAAGGUUGACAACUGGGACUUCUUUAGUUUCCACCUCUCAAUUGUCCACUGGUUUUGCAAUUAAAAUAUUUCCAAAUGGCAGAGUUGGUUCACCAAAAAGAAGCCUGACGUUGAACAGCAGAAACUUCUAUGACGGAAAUGUUUUUGAAUGGUUUUGAAACAAAAUGUUUAUUUGAAACCUUGACUUUUUUUUUAUUAUUAUUAUGAUACUUUCGCUUUUAUUUUUUACAGUUCAUCAAAUCACAAUAACAAAGCAGUCAUCAAAAGCUGUUUCUCUAAAAAAAAAAGAAGUGAAAUGCCUCUUUGAAAUGAUGUUCAAAAGAUGUUUUCCAAUAUUUGUAGUAAAAAAAGAAAAAAAAUGUUAAAAUGCUACAAAUAUUUUUUUUUUCCUACGAUGAAGGAUAGUCCUUGUUUUUGCAAGACUUUUGCAAAACGUUUGACUCUGAAGGAUUCCAGUGAAGGUGAAUCAGAUGCCAGCAAAAAGCAGAAGCUAUUUUAAUGAAGGAUUCAAUUCAAUCAGGCAUAUUUUACAAGGUGUGUUGCAAAGCUGCUUCUACUGAAAACGAUAUGCUCUUGAUAUCCAGAUGAAGAUAUGACAUGUAACAUAUAUAUGUAUGUUUUUUAUUUAAAAAAAGGAGCUGUGUAGUUUUGAUCACCUGUGAAGGCUUACCACAAAGGUAUAAUUAGAAAUAAAUCUGCGACAGCUGACUCUA